AUGAAGAAAAUGAAAUUGAAUUUUAAGAUAGUUCUAUAUCCAUAAAGAGAUAACCUCUUUUAGAUAGAAAGCUUAGUUAAGAUGGAUAAAAAGAAAAUAGAAAAUCAUCUUUUUAUGAUGGGGCUUUAAGUUAAUUGAAAAAAUCAAUACUUGAAGUUAGUUUGCAUUAAUAAAUUGAAAACAUGUAGAAAUUAAUAUAAUUGUAGCCUUCUCUUUAAGAAUUAUAUAAUUCUUUGGCAUUAAUGAGUAUCGAAUAAAAAUGCCAUCUACUUUUAAAGUCUGUAUAAGAAUAAGAAGUCUAAGAAAUUCUAGCAAUUAUAGAUCAUUUUAAUACAAUAUCUCCUAAGCCGAAAUUAAGUGAAAUUUAUGAUUAAAAAUAACAGACUCUACUUCAUAUAUCAUGCUUUAAAAACUUACAAAUUGCUGUUGAGAAAAUCUUAAUUUAUGAAAAGAGUAAUUCAAAAAUUGAAGAAUUUAAAUAGUGGUUAAAUAAAAAAAAUAAUGAUUCAUUUACAGUAGUACAUUUUGCUGCAUAUGUUGGAUCUAUAUAAACUUUAGAAAUUUUAAAAAAAUUUGGAGCAGAUCUAUAAGUAAAAAAUGAUUAAGGUCAAAUGCUCUUUCUAUUGCAGCAUAAGGAGAUUAAGUAUCAGCAAUGGUUUGGCUUUAUUUGCAAGGUUUAUCUUAUACUGAAUAAGAUGAGAAAGGAGGAACACCUUUACAUUGGGCUACUAAUUAUGGAAGUGAGUUUGCUGUUUAAUUUUUAUUAAGUUGGUUAUAAAAAAGUAAGGAUGGCAAAAAUAUUAUAAAUUAAUAAGAUACUGAAGGAAUGACACCUUUACAUUUAGCAGCAAUGACUGGAAAUCAAAGAAUUGCUAAAAAAUUAUUAUAUAAAGGAAGUUAAAAAAAUAUUAGAGACAAAAGGAAUUAAACUCCAGCCUAAACAGCAUUAGAAAAUGAAUACGAAAUAAUCUAUUAAAUAUUGGAAACAAAUAAUUGUCUAUUUGAAUUCUUAAAUAUUCGAACAAGGUAAAUGCAAAGUUCCUUCUUACCUCAUUUUUAAUUGGAUUGA